AGUUUGCUUGAAGCUCAUUUCCGUGCUUGAAGCUCGUGUGUGCGAGAGAGAGGGAGGCCAAUCUCGUAACAUCCACAAUGCGUGCAAACAUCCUCAGAUCCUCAGCGGGGCGCGAAGCGAGUAUAGAAAUCUCGCCUUUUCUCGCCUGAUUGUGAACGGCAAGAAACACUCGACAAGAUGACUUGUUGAUCGAUCAGGACUUGUCCGCCCAUCGUGCACCCUGGCUGUCGAGAGCGCAGUCCGGGUCUGCACACACGUACAUCGCUUGCGUCACUGCUGCACACGGCACAGGUAGACCUCCUGGUGACGUGGCUUGCUCGUGCAUCGGCGUCGCUGCUCAACACCCAUGCAACAGGUGUUGGCUUCAGUCGUGAUGGUGAGGUCUUCUAUCUGGAUGAAAGCUUGGUUUGGUCUCUCCAUCGAGUGCGGUGUCUGGCCUGAAGUCAAAAACUAAUCCGACAGUUCAACAACUUUGUUUCUCCGGCCAGUACGUGAAGCCUCGUAGCCUGGGCUAAAGGCCUCUUCACUUGGCCACACUGAGAGUUUCAGGGCAACACGGCUGGGGGUAGAAGUUGCUACACUUUGCAUUCCUGCAACUCUGUCGGCUCUCACAGACCAGCUGACACGCGCUACCUAUGGAGCAAUGCGACGGGUCAACGGGGGGAGGUGAUGGUGGAGGAGGGGAGAUGAGGGAAUGCACCAAGGGGUGCGGCCUCCUGCUGCUGACAGCAGACGACCGCGAACACAACUGUCUGGCCGAGUUGAGGACGUGCAUUGAGGUUCUGCGGAUGGAGCUGUUGGGCAAGCUGGAGCACCAACGGCAGGAGACGCAACUGCUUCUGGAUAAUCAACGCGGUCACAUGAUACAGCGCGAGGCUAUGCUGCAGGCCAGCAUCCAGCAGCUCAAAGAGGACCUGGCCCUGGUAUCGCAACAGGUCAAGCUGCUGCUAGAGCUGGACCACAAGCGGAGUCAGGACCUGGAGCGGAUGCAGCAGGAGCGGGCCGAGCUGCUGGACGUGCUGAACAGCCUGCAGGCGGAGCCGACGGGGGAGGCCAGUCAGUGUUGUGAACGCUGUGCCAGCACGCCUGACACCUGCACCGCCACAGACAACGCAGGUCGCAAGGUCACCACGCUCUAGCCGCGGGGCUGGACCGCAGCAGCAGAUAUACUGUACUACAGAAACAGGCGUGGAGACACGUACACCGUACAGACUUGACGAUAAUGUACAUAUGUCUACAUGGACACUGUAAAGACGUCAGUGCGAGAUAUGUGUACAGAGAUACUUCCUAGGCGUGUGUAUCUCUUCCGUAUACAUACUUGACAAUAGUCAGAUACCUCAUAUAGUUCUGUAUAUAGAUGUAAAAUGGGUAGACUUGCCGACAGUGAGGGAUAUCUCAUAUAUAUAUAUCCUGUACAGACGCUGACAAUGAGAGAUGCUUCAACUAGGGGCGUCUGUAUAAGUCAGCAUUGUGACUACAAAUGGUAGACACUCUAAUGUGUACACACUGUAUACCGACAACCGACCGCAGUCUCACAAAACGUGUUCCAUUUGUUCAAAUUUCUUGGGAGACGAAAACAUUCUCUAUUUGUCAUUGUCUGUGGUGCUGGUGUACACGUGUAGGAGCGCGUGCUUGUCCAGAUGUGCUCGUGUGGCGGUGCGUUGCCCGGUGUGCAUGCAUGGGGCUGCAGGUACAUUUAAGUUUGAAGACAACGUGGCGUCUGUGGCAGCUGUUGAUCAUGGAGGAGAAUGUGUAGUGAGUAGAGUUCACACGACCGCUAGUCAGUAGCAAAUUGGCAGACACGCUACGUAUUUCCUUAACUGUGCUUUAUGUUCAAGUCAAAGCAACACUCCUACACACACAACCGAGCGAGGUCUAUGGCUCUAUGCAAUCCGUGCUCUUCGUUCACUCGCGAUUUCAUUUCAGCUGACAUUUUCCUUUCCAUUUUUUAUUGACAAGUAGUUUCCUAGGUGAUGAUGGUAAUGAAUCCUUCAUCAGGUGCCAAUUCUGAUUUGACAGCCCCAGUGACAUCACCUGUUCUUUUUGUGGGAAUCAGUUACAGGGCAUCACUCAUUGCCACGUGAUCUGCACAUGUACGGCCACCGGCCGGCUUCCAUCCAUUUCACCCCAACGCAAGUCUGGGGAUGACGGAUGCAAUACGGCCCUGCAGGUCGGGCCUGAUCCAAAGACAUUCUCACGUUCCAUUGUUUAUCCAUCCAUCCAAUGUAUUCUCAAUGCUGAGCAAAAUGGAAGCAUUUAUCAUAGGAUACACUUAUAGGUCUCCUGUUAAUAGACAUGCGGGCGGAUUUGUAUUCCUGGAGAAUAUUGUAUUCUGCGCGACGAUAUGAUGGGUAAUAAAACAUCAGGUCCUUUUUAUAAUACAUUCAUGUGUUGGUGUGAGUGAGCGUUAGCCACAGGCUCUGCAGGGUUGCACAAAACAUCAGGCGGACAUGCCAGUUUCUAGUUCCUGAUGUUUUGUUUUCGCAAGUUCUUUGACGUUUGAAGAUGUUCCGGAUUAUUGUAUGAUCCCGUGAAAUGAAGGAACUAUGAUGCUCUGAGCUUUUUCCUGUUUACUAUUGAGAUUGACACAUCAGCACUCGUGUGGGACUGGUGCACGAAGUGAGCGGCACAAAUGAAGACUUGAGCAGCGCCGGCGGGUCUGGGCUGUUCGUGAAAAUAAGGCGAUUUUCAUUUCUCACAAGCCACCAGCAACCGGAAGAUCACAUUUGAGCAUUCACGGUGCUACAUAAUGCUGGGAAAGAAGAAAGGUUGGAGACCUGCAAUGGUUUGCGAAUGCCUGUUGCUUACUGGGAGCUGUUGGGAGGGAGUUCUAUCAGAGUGGGAAUUACUGGCAGUCAAGCGCAUGGGCAUACUUUGGAAAGGUCAAGCCGAUUGAUGCAACCCUCCAGAGACUGUAAUUAUGAAGUAAGGGCAAGUCAUUGCCCGGGGGCAACAUGAGGAAAUCAGGGGCAAGGGGAACCCAGGCCGUCCUGUUUUCCUCUCAGCCCUAGUGACUGGCCUGCACGAGACUGGAAGCUAGAGUAACUGUCGGUAACUAAGCUAAACACCUUCCCCUCGACCUCCUUUGUUGGUAACUCCGCCCCAUCUCUCACUCACAGAGCAGGCUGCAGACCGCAACACGUCUAACAAGUCAGCGGACCGGCGCAGAACCACUUCAGUGCAUUGAGCUGCGUCUACAGGUGCGCCUCCCCACGGCAGUCAUGCAUGCACGUCACCGUUGCCGUACUGAGAACAGGUAUGAGGGGAGGGGGGAUACUCCUGCUGUUGACAGCUGGGAAAGCUGCCACAUUUCGGCAUAAAACAGUUUUAUCGAAAUAAAAACAGAUAGCCGCUUGCCUAGCUGCUGAAUAAUUCACACUUGAUCUGCCAGCAUGUCCAUCUGCACACCGCGUAGGUGACCGGCCAUGGGUGAGUGGAGUCAGAAUCAAUACCGCUCACCUCCACCCGACUUGCCCAGACAUUUGCUCGAACGUUCUGGAAAACGGCAUUUAAGUUUUGAAAAUAAAAUGCUAUUUAGUCCAAACAUGAGGCUGAAUCCUUUUAUUGGACUGAGUCAUGGCUUCAGUUGGUGAUUUAUGUGGAAAUGAAUAAUCUUUUCACAGACUUUGCAAGUUUAUUACAGUUUUAUGUGGUUAUAUGAAAAUAUUGAUAACACGGCGCUGAAGAAAGUGCGUUGACAAGUAUAAUGUUGAUGUGUGACCAGCUCUGUACCAAAAAGUCAGGUGUAAACGGCCAAUGUGGUGACGGUUAUAACUGUCAGCACUGUUGCACUCCCUGUGAGGCUAAGAUCGACACGCAUGUGUGGACGCGAUGAGUGGAAGUAGGUACAUGUAUAUAAAAAGAGACGUUGGUACAAAUGCGGGCGAUGUCACAAAAGUAGGCCGUGUUGAGCAAGAAAAAGCUAACGCCAGUCAGUCACGUGACAUUUAGGGUCAGAGCACGAACUUGUAUUACUAGACUGCUGGCAGACCAUUUUUUCCAGUUAGCUACUAAAACGAGGCAGGUUUGUACAAAGCUUCCGGUUUAGUCACAUUCUUUGUUCAGGCUCGCCGAGUCUAACAGCGGAGACCUUGGUAAGAGGUUAAUCGUUGGUCGUGACAGUCAGACAGCAGUCCACCUCUACACGCCCAUGGUCAGAGCGAUUCUUUUGAAGGCUUCUUAGUGUUGUUCAGUUUUAGAAUUGUGAAGUUCGUAAAAGCAAUCAUCGACUGGACAAAACAUACGUGACUUCACGCGACUUGUUCUGUAAAAAAAAUAGCGAGUAGUAUUCACUAUCUUUGGUCCUGUUCUGUGUCCUGUUGUGUCGUGUGCAACUGCGACGGUGAGACUAUAAUUAUAACUUUUGUCGGUCGAGAAUAAGAUCAUCAGCCCCUUUACCUUAUAUAGUUUUAUGCUCAGCGGACACGGGCAAAAAAUAAAUAAAAUAAACCUUU